AUGCACUUUCACAGGAUUUCGAAGAAUGUCCCAGCCUCACAGUGCACUUUGAUGAUGCGAGCCUCUCGCAGUCCGUCACUGGUACCCCUCGCUGCAACACCGUGAGUCCAGCCUCUUUGCACCAGGAUUGAUGCCUCUGGUGGCUUUUUGGUGAGCGGGACCUGAAAGGGCAGCAGGACAUCUGCCUCGGCCCACAGGAAUACUCUGCUUCUCAACACAGGAGAUAAAUUCCUCAAUAAUAACAAAAAAAAAAAUAGAAGGAUCUACCAAUUUACACUAUUCCGCCUCCAAAGCUACCGACUUUCACCGUUCUUCUCCGAGGGCGUAGCAGAUUUUUGGGUCAUCAUGUCCAGGCGAAAGGUGAGAGGCCUGACCCGUACGGGCCGCCAGGUCAGCGAGGACCCGGACCUGGACAACCUGCUGUCCACCCUCUCCCCUGAGGAGAUGGAGGAGCUGGAGAAGGACAUGCUGAAGGUACCAGACCUCCGCCCGGAGGAGGGGAAGGUCGUCAUCCAAGGGGAGAGCCAGGCUGCUCAGGCAGCUGCAGCUCUCAGCAAAAGCCUCCGGGACGGGGAUGCUCGAAGUGACGCCAAAAGGAAGCUCGUUCAGAGGGAAACGUCUGUUGAGAGUGAUAUGAAGAAAGAGAGCCGGAAGAUGGAGUACCUGAGGAAGAUGGGCCUCAGCCAGGAGGGUAACGACAACAUGAAAGUGGGAGUGCAAAGACAAGCUAGUAUCUCAAGCGAUGUCAAGGUGGAAGACAGGAACAGCAAAGAUCCGCAGAGUCCAAAGGGGCAUCCAAAUAGAAACUUGAGGCAGGAGAGCCGAGAUGGUGAGGCGAAAGCAGAAACCAAUGAAAAAGAGAAACGCGAGGACAAUAAGUUAAAAGACAGGAAAGAUAACAGAGAGAGCACAGGUAGCAAAACAAAGGAUAUGAUCUCAAAGUUACAGGUAAAGAAGGACGAAGCCAAAGAGAAGGAAAAGAAAGACCAAAACCAAAGCAAAACCAAAGACAUUAUCUCAAAGCUGCGGGAGAAAAGCGAGAAGGAUGCGAGCAAGGACAGAAAGUCAGACAACUUCAGGACGCAAGGGCUGGUCUCGAAAAUGGUGGAGAAGCAGAGCAAGACACCAGAAAGCCCGACUCAAGACAGCAAAGCGGAAGAGAAGAAGCUGAAACCAGAGGAGAACAAAGCCGAAAACAAACCCAAACUCCAGAGUCAGCCAUCUGUGAAAGGUGAGGCGCAGGUGCAACCAGACAAGGCAGUAAAGAGAACAGAGAGAGAAGAGGUGGUCAACCACAGUGACCAUGUGAAAGAGAAAGAGAAGGAGAAAGAGAAAGAGAAAGAGAAAGGAAAAGAGAAAAUGAAGGAGAAAGAGAAAGAGAAGGAGAAAGAGAAAGAGAAGGAGAAGGAGAAGGAGAAGGAGAAGGAGAAAGAUAAAGAGAAAGGGAAAGAGAAGGAGAAAGAUAAGGAGAAGGAGAAAGAUAAAGAGAAGGAGAAAGAUAAAGAGAAGGAGAAAGAGAAGGAGAAGGAGAAGGAGAAGGAGAAGGAGAAGGAGAAGGAGAAGGAGAAGAAGAUUAGCACAGAGCAGAACGCAGAGGGGAAAAAGGAAAAAGAGGAAAGCAAAGAAAAAGUUAAAAACGCUGAGGAAACUGGGAAACUUGGUAACUGCGUGGCAAAAAACAGCCCGAACAGCAAGGCCAAGGCGGAAGAGGAGGAGGAUGAAGACUCAAGCAUGUUUGAUGAGCUCAUGCAGCAGGUUCGCAGCAACGACCCCUCGCUGACUGAACUCAAUGUCAACAACUCAGAAGUCAUCAAGACGAAAACACUCAUCGAGUUCGCAGAGGCUUUGCACAAAAACACCCACGUCAAGAAGUUUGCUUUGGCCAACUGCCGCGCGGACGACCACGUUGCUUACGCCAUCUCUGGCACGCUGCGCAACAACAAGACCCUCACCAGCAUCAACCUUGACUCCAACCUUCUCACUGGGAAGGGAAUCCUGUCUCUUAUCCAGGCGCUGCCGCACAACUCCACGCUGACCGAGCUGCGCUUUCAAAACCAGCGCCACGUGUGUGGUGGGAAGACCGAGAUGGAGAUGACCAAGAUCCUGAAAGAAAACACCACCCUGCUCAAACUGGGUUACCAUUUCGAGUUGGCGGGACCCCGGAUGACCACGACCAACAUACUGAGUCGCAACAUGGACAGGCAGAGGCAGAAGCGCCUGCAGGAGCAGAAGCUGGCCCAGGCCAAUGGGGAGAAGAAGGGGAUGCUGGAGGUGCCCAAGAUUGGAGGAGGAUCUGCGAGGAACUCGCCCAGGGCUUCGCCCAGACCCUCGCCCAUUCCUUCGCCCAUGCCCUCGCCAAAGCUGACUCCUCGAAAAGGGGCUGGGGGAGGUCCGCCGCCACCUCCACCUCCUCCCGGGGGUGGACCUCCACCUCCUCCACCUCCAACGCUGGAUGGAGACCGCUUAGGCGGCGGCAAGAACUCAAGGGACCAACUGCUGGCCUCGAUCAGAGGAAGCGAUAUUAAACAGCUGAAGAAGGUGCCAGUGCCAAAAUGGCUGCAGUAAUAUUUCAUGUUGGAAUAUAAAGUGAAGAAGAAGAAGAGCAAGGGAGAACAGACAUCUCACACCAAGUUUUCUCUGAGAUAAACUCUACAUUCCCCCGGCUGGUUAAAGAGCUGCGCCGGGGGACGGAUGGACGGAUGGGGAAAGUGAAACACGAGAUGGCUGGACGACUGGCCCUCACUAUGAGUUCUCCCUUCAAACACUGGACCAAAAGGACUCUGUGGAGAAUGAGUGAUGCAGGGCUCCCUAUAGGCCGUCUGCAGCACAGAGUGCCAUGAGCUUGUGGCUGUUUGUCUUCAGUUCAUAUUGACGCUUUGCUGGUUAUUUGCACUAGAUAAUAUGAAGCCGAUCAUAUAACAUGUUGGCUUGUAUAUGCAUCUGAAUGUGAGCGUGCGGUGGGAGCGUGCGGUGAGCUUCAUUAGAGAUUCAUAAGAGAGCUCUUUAUAAAACUCUAAUAUACUAAAGUCUAUAAUUAAUAUAGUGAGCAUUCAUUUGACCAUUUAUUUAUUUGUGGAGGGGGGGAAUCCACCUUUCAGCUGUAAAUCUGCUCAAACUGGGAAAUCUGAAGCGGCGGAAAUAUCAGGGAAUAAUCAAACAUGGCGGCCUGACUUCGUAGCCAAUCUGGGUAAGAAAAAUAAAAGGUCACGGUGGUCUGUGGAUUGUGUGUCUCAUUGUUAGAUCUCAAGACAUCUCAGGCGGGCUUGGAGAGCGGCCCAGUGGAAUCCUGGUGCACGACGAAGGAUGUUCAGCACAGAAAUAAUCACAUGAUGCAUUUGAUCAGGAAGUGCAAACGGCUGUCCUUCACUAUCUGAUGUUGUAUUUUGUAAAAUAAUAAAUGAAUAAAAAGAAUUCUAGCCUU